UUGGCAGGACUGGAGCCGUGGUCACACAAGAAGGAGAAACACAACAGAUCUUCUCAGACGCUGCCUGCCACUGAGCCAUGUUCAGCAAGCUGAAGAAGAUCCUCUGGGGUCCAAGUGUGGGUCCCACCCCGGCCUCCGCCUCUAGGUCGGCCCCUGCACCAACCCCUGCUCCGGCCCCUGCCAAGGAAGAAAAACCUGCAGACAAGGAAAAUGAAGGCAAGAAAGAUGAUGAAGCCCCUGCCUCAGCACCGGUUUCAGCACCAGCUCCAGAACCAGCAGCACCAGCCACAAAACCAGAACCAGCGGCCCCGUCUGCAGCACAAGAACCGGCCCCCAAACCAGAGGAGAAACCUGCAGACCCAGCCAAUGGCCAGCCACCUACCGAAGGUGAGGAGGCCCCUUCCCCUGAGUCCCGGCCCAUUGUGAUAAGCAAGCAUUUUGAUGCUCAUCUCAUUGAGAUUGUUCAGCAGUACCGGCAACGGACUGAACAGUGUAAAGAAAAGGUCAUUGACCCCUACGCAUCCUCUCCAGAGUUCAGUCCUCCUGUCACACCCGUCUUCAGAAAAGAAGACUACUUGAAGUUGGUGGAGGAGAGGAAGCGAAAAGAAGAGGAGGACAGGAAAAGAAAAGAGGAGGAGGAGAGGAAAAAGAAAGAAGAGGCAGAGAGAAAAAAGAAAGAGGAGGAGGAGAAGAAGAAGAAAGAAGAAGAGGAGAAGAAAAAAGACAAGCCUGAGGAAAAAAGGGAGGAGAAAAAAGAUCACAAGGCAGCCAAAGAGUUGUCCAUCUGCCCAGAAAUGAAAUGCACCUGUGUAGAUUUUCUGCUGAAGCCCUUCGAGAACAGAGUGGACAAAAGUCUGGGCAUCUCCAUCGAUCCUUUCACAGACCGCAAGUACAUUGCUUGGCUAAGCUUGGUGACCAUUGCCUUCAACUAUAACCUGUGGUUUAUACCAGUCCGAAUGGCCUUCCCAUAUCACGACCCAGCGGUCGUUCCAUUGUGGUUCACCUUGGACAUCAUUGCUGACAUCGUCUAUGUCAUCGACAUAAUUGUUUUCCAGCCACGACUGCAGUUCUGUAAAGGGGGAGACAUCAUUUAUGACAGAGUUGUGAUUAAACAGAAAUAUCGAGGAUCAUCAAAGUUUCAGAAUGAUAUCCUAUCUGUUCUGCCUUCGGACCUGUUAUAUUUCCUGUUUGGAUUCAAGUCCGUUUUCAGGAUCAAUCGUUUGAUGAAGUCUGAAGCGUUUUUUGAGUUCAGUGACCGUCUUGAAGGAAUCAUGACCAAAGCGUACAUCUGGAGAGUAAUUCGUACUAUUGGUUACCUGAUGUUUAUUCUUCAUCUCAACGCAUGUCUUUACUACGUGGCAUCUGAGUACCAGGGGAUCGGCAAAACCAAAUGGGUCUACAGCGGACAAGGCAGUGCGUAUUUGCGCAGUUACUAUUUUGCCGUGCGGACUCUGAUCAACAUUGGUGGUCUCCCUGAGCCUCACACAGUUUUUGAAAUCACCUUUCAGUUAGCAAACUUUUUUGUUGGUGUCUUUGUCUUCUCAAGUUUGAUUGGACAGAUGAGAGAUGUCAUUGGAGCAGCUACUGCCAGCCAGACCUACUUCCGUGCAUCCAUGGAUUUAUGUGUGGAAUACAUGGUCUCCAACCACAUCCCCAAGCUGGUUCAAACCAGAGUGCGCACCUGGUACAACUACACAUGGGACUCCCAGGGCAUGCUGGACGAGUCCGAGCUACUGGAACAGAUGCCUUUGGUGAUGAGAACAGCCAUCGCUGUGGACAUCAACCUUGCAACUUUCCAAAAAAUUGACCUCUUUAAGGGCUGUGACAACCAGAUGCUUGUGGACAUGUUAUUGAGGCUAAAGUCCAUUGUGUAUUUGCCUGGAGACUUUGUGUGCAAGAAGGGUGACAUCGGAAAAGAAAUGUACAUCAUUAAGGCCGGAGCGGUGCAGGUCAUCGGUGGGCCGGACAAUAAGAUUGUGUUUGUGACUUUGAAGGCAGGCUGUGUGUUUGGAGAGAUCAGUUUGCUACAGUCUUCAGCCAAUGGAGGAAACAGAAGAACUGCGAAUGUAGCUGCUCAUGGAUUCGCCAACCUCUUCGUACUGGAUAAGAAAGAUCUCAAUGACAUCCUGAUUCACUACCCAGAGUCCCAGAAGGUGCUGGCCAGGAAGGGACGGAAACUGAUGAAGGCCAAAGGCAAAACUGCUCCUGUCAAAGACGAAGGAGAAAAGAAGAAGGGAUUGGCAAUGUUCGGGCAAAAACCACCCACUCCGAAAAUGUUACGUGCUUUUGGAGGCUUUGGGAAAGGAGGAUUACUGGAUAAACUCAGGGCUCAAGCAGCAGAAAAAAAUAAUUGAAAAACUACAUCCGCCCAUUCAUCCAUCAUUUAUACCAUCCAUUAAACAUUCCAUUAUCCCUCCCUCCAUUCAUCUGUCCAUUUUUACCAUCCAUCCUUGCAUCUAUCCAUCCAUUUGUAAAUUAAGUAAAAUAUUGAAUAUA